AUACUCUCUUUCCACUGGGUUACACGUCACGACAUAUGGCAAAAUGAAUUAUCUGUUGACUGCUCUGAUUGCUCUUUUGGCUCCGAUUUCUGUUGCAUACAAUGUCCCACAUGGUUUUCUCACAGGUGAAGCCGUAACUUCCCACUCCGGCCCAAACGAUUUGGACGGUGAACUUCCCGCCACUGAUGAGGUGAAACGGGAAAAGCGUGGCUAUUUCUUCCCGUCACAUUUCCAAAGUGACAGUGGUCUUCUUUCAAGAUCCGAACAUCCGAAUGAAUAUCUCAAAAAAUGGAUUACUCACGAGCAUAAUCGGUAUAGGCGUAUGGUGCCUGCCUCCGACAUGAACAUGCUCUACUGGUCCGAUGAGCUGGCCGCUUCAGCUCAACGCCACGCGGACACCUGUGAUUUCCGUCACUCCCGUGGACGCAUCAACGUCGGCGAAAACAUCUGGGCGGCGCCGUACAGUAACUAUUCUGACGCUAUCUCGAUCUGGUUCAACGAGGUCCAUAAUCCAAGAUGUGGAUGUAACCAUGCCUAUAAACACUGUUGCGGUCACUAUGUUCAGGUUGUCUGGGCAAAGACGAAUCUCGUCGGAUGCGGCUUCUCCCGUUGCCGUGACGUUCAGGGUGUCUGGGGACGUGGACAUCGUAACGUAUUCGUCUGUCACUACAAUCCACAGGGAAAUACGGUAUUCGUCACUGCGAGAGGACAGCUUUAUGCGAUGCCAGCUUUCACCUGGGCUUCCGGUGACAAUGGAAAAUGCUCCAACUGCCCAGCAAAUGCUCCAGCCUGCUACCAAGGGCUCUGCUACAUGCCAAAGAACUACGAGGCUCCGACUACAACAACGGAAUCCACCACAACAUCUACAACAACUGAGGAACCAACGACAACUUGUGAGCCCGAUGAACCAGAAGCUGAGGGAGCUGACAAUAAUCAAGAAGAAGAAGAAGAAAACAACGACGGGUUCCGAAUGAGAGUUUAAGCUUCUUUCAUGGUACCCUACCUUCUCCCACAUUUAAUACCGGAUGAACUACUUGGAUUGCUUACCGAACGGGUGUGCAUACCGCUGCAUUUAUUUAUUCAUUUAUAUAUAUAGGUGUAUGUGUAUGUAUUGGUGAUAUACCGAGAUUUCUACGAAUUGAUGAUAUUCAAUAAAAACUACAGUACAAUUCU